CAUUUACUUUGAGUGAUAGGAUGAAUUAGUAAAUAAUCUAAGCUAAUUCAUCGAUUACUUUGAUGGAUUGAUUACUUUAUUAAUCUAUCAUAUCAUUCUCCUCUUUCAUCUACCAGCAUUGACAUAUAGAGCUUUUGUUUCGUAACUUUCCAGUUUUGUGUUCGUUAAAAGUUGCUAGUACUCUGACUGUUAUGAUUUAUGAAUCACUGGAUCAUCUUUCAUUUCUCUGUGAGUUUCUUCAGAGCCUUUUUUUUUUGAGUUGGAUUGAAAUGAGAAAAUGAUAGCAAUGUUUUUUCCCCUAUCAUCCAGAAACUGUAAUUUCUUCCUUUAGUUAUUUAUCGGUGAAAAAGUGAACCGGAAUUAGUACUACUUACGGGAUAGACCUGUCAAAAUAAGCAUUUUCGUAUGCAAUCAUAAAAUACUCAAAAUGAUCAAGGUUAAAGGAUGCUCAAGUAGUUGGUUAUUAGCUGCCUUCUGCUUUACACUUGUCUUGUCAGUGUCUUCUCAAAGAUGAUUCGGUUAUAGUUAUUUCUUUCUGCAGCUUUAUAAGCUCUUUCUUUUUGAAGAUGGAAACUGAAGGCACUGCUGGAAUGGCAAAACGAAUGAAGAGUUCUGUUGAAGAAAAGGAGUUAGCUCUGCAAGAUGGAUCUAUGAUAGAGGUUUCAGCUGAAGAUAAUGUAGUAACUUCGAAUUCCGAACUGGUGGAGAUGGACAUCUCUCACAUCCUCGAAAAGAUCAAUAACUUCACUCAGAUGGUGUCAGAGCUGCUAGAAUCAGGGAAGUCAAUGCUGAAGGAGCUGAGCAAUGAGUUUGAAGAACGCAUGAUUUUAAUACACAAGGAGCAGAUGGAAAAGUGGCAGGAGGAGAUCAAGGAACUUCGCGCACUUGACACUGCAAAUGAGGAAACGGAUGCUCUGCUGCAAAAUGCUAUAUAUCUAAUUCAUAACAUUCAUGGAGGCUCUGAAAGUUAGUCAUCAUGAUAAUCGAACAGGAGAUCCCAUUUAACCAACAUCGAUUUGUAGCUUUUGGGAUUUAGUAGUUGUAUCAAUAUUACUGAUAUCUUGUGUCGGGUUCUAGUAUAUGAUGUAGUGUUGUUGGUCAGAUAACUCUUGGUAUUAGAACUAAAGAAUGGAUAUCAUUACUCCACUUUCUUCUUUACAGUGAGAGAUAUAAUCAGCUGCUACCAUUAAA